AUGGCUAAUAUAUGUACAUUGCGAGAUAUUAACUCAAAAGGACAUCGUCUUGGAAGUAUUAGGGAGGUGGAACUUGAAGAAGCUUUACGUGAUAGUUGUAAGUCCAAUUCUGAACUUAUUGAUGAUUUUAAAAACUAUCAGAAGGUGUAUAAAAAGUAUAUUAAAAAUAUCAAACAGGAUAAGUUAGAAUCAGCUCAAAAGGAUGCAUUUUCAACUCAGAAAGAGAUAAUAAAAAAAGAAUCCGAGAUUAUAUCUCUCAAGUCUGAAUUAACGAAUAUAAAGAAUGAACUAACGAAUACAAAGGAUGAAUUAGCUUCAAAAAUUAAUGAAAUUGAGUGUUUAGGCACUUUAUACCCUGCUUCACAGAAAACAAAAGAUAUAUUGGAUCCUGUAGUUAUGGGAGGUGCGGAAAAAAAUACGCAGAGUGAGGAACAAAGUUUCAAAUCGAAUUCUGAAGCUGAAUCUAAAAGUCUUGUAAAAUAUUUUAAAAGUAAAAAGAAAAUGGAAGCAGAAAUAAAUGAUACUUCCCUAACUAACCAAGAGUCUUUAACAAAUGAUAUAUCGAAUAUAAAAAAUGAGCUAAUAUUACAAUAG